AUGGAAGGUUAUGAUAAAAAUGAAGCAUUUAUAUUAUCAAAACAUUCAUCGAAUAAUAAUACUUCCUUAUCAAUACCAAAAAUAGCUUUUGGUGCCGGAAAAAAUCAAAAUCAACGUAGUAAUACUUCUCAAGAAUUUUCACCUACAAAAGAAGUAAUAUUAGAUGAAAAUACAGAAGAAAGUGUUAAUGGAACAGGAAUAGGAAUAGGAGAAAAAGAUCUUUAUUAUAAUAAUGCAACUCCAAGUUUUAUGUCAGAUAAUGUAACAAUGGGUUUUGAUGGAACAUUUUUCCCUUCAUUGGAUAAAGUAUUAAUGAAUAAAUCAGGGUCACCAUUAUCACAAUAUAAUUUUUAUGCUUAUCUUAGGCAAGAUUGGCAUGGAGAAGAAAAUUUAAAUUUUUGGCUAGAUGUUGUUACUCAUGAAAACCUAUUUGAAUCUUGGCGAGAAUAUCAGGAUUACAUAAAAAAGUCAAGAGAAAGAAGACAAAGUGAAAAUACUAUUAAUAGAAGAGGAAAGGAUAAAGAAGAUACAGGAGUUGAGGGCGAUGAUGAAGACGAAGAAGGUGAAGAUUGGGAACCUUCCAAUGAUUAUAAUGAUAGUAAUUCAAGUACUGAUGGUACAGUCGCUCCUUCUGUUGCACCUUCAUCAAUUGAUUCAAAAAAUCCUGUAGUUAAAUCAAAUAAUCGUCGUUACUCUUCUUCAAAUAGAUAUGCUGGAGCACUUUAUGACAGUAGUGAUAGUAAAAAUAAUUAUGAAAUUACUGUAAUUUCAGAAGAUAGAUCAUCAUCAGAUUACAAACAACCUGAAAUUGUAAAGAGAGUUAACGAAGAAGAUUUAGCAAAAUCCGCUCUAGUUAUUUAUAAAAAGUAUGGUCACAUGAAUAUAUUACCGGAGCAAAAUCGUAUAACAAUGCAAGAUUUAAUUGAACGUCAAGGAAGAUUUAAUCCUGUUGUAUUUUCUUCGGCAAAAUCUUAUGUUUAUCAUAUUAUGAAUGUGAUAUACUUUCCAAAAUUCAUACAAGCAGCUAUUGAUAUGAAUUUAACUCAUAUACAUGCCAUAAUUGCUUUACCUUUGGGUAUAGCGGCUUUAACAUUUGGUCUCGCCUUAGAAUUAUAUUAUAUUUUUAUGGGUUUAGAUAAUAGAUUAGUAAGACUUUGGGGGUUUCUUCCUAUCUGGCUAGGUUGGAUCUUAUUACAAACUGCUGCUACUCGUUUUCUUCCUCCUUUGAUAAUAUUUGGUGUAAGUGAACACAAAUUAUUUCGAUUUCAUAAGAUUAAAGAACGUUCAAUUUUAUAUGCGCACAGAAAACGUGCUUUGACUUUUAUGAUGUGGGAUACUUUAGCUGCUAUAAUAACUACUGCCAUUUUAUUUGCGAUACCUCCUAUUGCUCUUUAUGAUGGCAAACAUUAA